GGGCGCAGACUACUACGCCAUCCUGGGCGUUGCCAGGAAUGCCGACCAGGCAGCCAUCAAGAAGGCAUACAGAGCCAAGUCCUUGGAGUACCAUCCAGACAAGUGCUCCGAUGACAAGGAGGAGUGCCAGACAAAGUUCAUUGAGGUGUCGACAGCUUAUGAGGUCCUUAGUGACGCCGAGAAGCGGAAGGUCUAUGACCAGCACGGCGAAGAGGGGCUCAAAGAAGGACACCAAUCAAACGAGCAGGCGAAAGCCAUGUUCCGACAGUAUUUCGGGCGUGAGCCUGAUGGGAACGUGAAGAUCAUUCGGCGAGGGGGCCAGAUGAUGUUCAUGGAGGAAGGCGAGCCUGGACCUAAGGAGGACAUCUAUGGCAACACCAAUGUCGUAGAGCUCACUUCAGAUCUGUACAACUCUCAGAUCAACGAUCGGAUCGAGCCCUGGCUCGUGCAGUUUUACAAGCCGAACAACGAUGAGUCUCGAGAGGUGAAACCAGAGUACAUCAAGUUCGCUGACACCUUCAAGGACUUCUUGAACGUCGGUGCCGUGAACUGCCGACAGCAGCGUGAUGUGUGCGGGAAAGCCUCCAUCAACGAGCCCGGGCCCAAGCUACUCCAAACUCGAGAGGCUUUGCUUCUGUAA